UUGACUCCUCUCUCUUCUGGGUCUCUCUUUACUCUUUGUUUGCAUUGGAUUUUUGCCAGCAACAGUAAGCAUUCUCUCUCUAUCUUCCUCACCCACCUGAAGCUUUAGCUUGAGGAAAGAGAGAAGAGUUUUUUUUUUUUUUUUUUUUUUAAAAGAAUAGAAAAGAAUGGGAAAUGCCCUGCUGAGGUUCUUGUGCUGCAGAAGUGAGAGUGCAGAGAGUCCUUCUCCUCAUCCAUCACUCGCAGUCGCUCCUCUUGGCGUCUCCGCUCUUGCCCAUGAUCUCUUUCACUUUGAUAUCACCUCUCAGGUUCCAGAAGGACUUAAUAAGCAUGUUAUUUCUUCCAAGAAGGCCCAAGCUAACUGGUAUAGAAGACUUCUAGAGGCAUGGAGAGGAGCAAAACCACCUCCAAAAACAACUGAAGAAGCAGCUCGGCUCGUGAUCGAAACCUUGAACAGGAUCCAAAAGGGGGAUAUUGAGGGCUUAUUGGGUUUCUAUGGUCUCCCACUUCCUGAUACUCUUGUGGAACUUUCCUCCGAGCUCCCUACUACAUGGCCAGAAGGAGUAAAUUUUGAAUUUCAGACGCUACCGGUUAAAGCAAAUUGUGUUCAAGAUGGGGACUCGGUUAUAGUAUAUGUCAGCACGGCAGAUCCCCGGGAGUCAUUGAAUGUUCCCCCACAAGUGAGUUUAGCCGCAGUUAAAAGAUUGAGCGCGCGUACCAAGAAGAAAUAUGAUAAGGCGGAUGCACUUCAUGAGAAAAUUAUCAGUGCUGGUUACAGGGUAUUAAAGAUUCAGGAUGAGGAGAUUCUUGCUCGAAAGUAUAGAAUUAGACUGAGGGGAAUAGAUGCACCAGAAAACAAAAUGCCUUAUGGGGAUGAAGCCAAGGAGGAACUCACAAAUCUUGUGCAGGGAAAGUGCUUGAGAAUCCUUGUCUAUGGCGAAGAUCAGUACGGCCGUUCUGUUGGUGAUAUUUAUUGCAAUGGGACUUUUGUUCAGGAAGUAUUGCUCAAGAAAGGGUGUGCAUGGCACUAUGUACACUAUGAUAAACGCCCUCAAUUCGCAAGGUGGGAAAAAGAGGCUCGAGCAAAAAGAGUGGGAUUGUGGGCUUCACCAAAUCCAGAGAAGCCAUGGGACUGGAGAAAGAACAACCCCAGAACCGAUAUCUAGUUGAAAUAAGCUGUUGUUGAAAUAAGUGUAUGAUAUCCAACUGUACGAGGAUCAAACUUUAACUGAUUAAUAGUUAUCUGUAUUUUCAUGUUUUUGGUCUUGGUUGCUGUAAAUUUGUAUGUGUACUUCAUCUUGGAGACUACUUAUGUUAGGUCUCAAAUGUAAAGAAUCAUCAUGUUUGGAAGCA